CCCUAUCGCGGUACUCCGAGAUCGUGGAAUCAUCAUUACAGAUAGAGCUUUGUUGAGAGGUCACGAGCUAUCCGAAAAAUGGCUGACGUUGAAAUGAGCGAUGCCCCAGUGGCCGCCAAAAAGGCCGAUGGUGUCAGCGGUAAAGGAGCCGACAAGAAGAAGUUUGAGGUCAAAAAGUGGAACGCUGUAGCGUUGUGGGCUUGGGAUAUCGUCGUUGAUAACUGCGCCAUCUGCCGAAACCACAUCAUGGAUCUUUGCAUAGAGUGUCAGGCGAACCAGGCAUCUGCCACGAGCGAAGAGUGCACAGUGGCAUGGGGCAUUUGCAACCAUGCUUUCCACUUCCACUGCAUUUCACGAUGGCUGAAAGCUCGAUCGGUCUGCCCUCUAGACAACAGAGACUGGGAGUUCCAGAAGUACGGUCGAUAAACGGACGGAGCGGACGGAACGGGAAGCAAACGCAAGGAAAUACAUCAUGGCAUGGAGAGGGAAAUUGUGGCACAUGAUUUCGGAAAGAUUUAAGCUACAUGCUGUUUUAGAAAAAGGUGACAAACGCCGGGACCUGCUCAGAGCGACGUUAUCCAGUCAUCAUGUCCCGCCCGUGUUAAAUGCAGAUCCGAUAGGCAGCCACUUGACCGGAUUCUUGUUAUAGAACGGCCAUGGCGGAAUAAUAAUGAGAAAUGUCAACGC